AUGAGCAACCCCGCUAAAAACAACUUUGAUAUGUCGAACUUGGACCUGUCUCUACCCGCCGCUGCCGCCGCUUUGAGUGAGGAGGAUCGCUCUGAUUUAGUGAAUGCGCUCAAGGAUAAACUGAGCAAUCUGGCUGGGCAGCACGCAGAGGUUAUGGAGAAACUGACCCCAAAUGUGCGGAAGCGCGUCGAGGUGCUUAGGGAGAUUCAGGGCCAACAUGAUGAGCUAGAGGCUAAGUUUCUUGAGGAGAGAGCAGCACUUGAAGCGAAAUACCAGAAACUUUAUGAACCAUUGUAUACAAAGCGCUUUGAGAUUGUAAAUGGUGUUGUGGAAGUUGAAGGAGUGACUGAUGCUUCAGCAGACCAGGGAGAUGAUAAAGCAAAUAAGGACAAAGGUGUGCCCGACUUCUGGCUGACAGCAAUGAAGACAAAUGAGAUUUUGGCUGAGGAGAUUUCAGAACGUGAUGAAGAAGCUUUGAAGUUUCUCAAGGAUAUCAAGUGGUCUAGGAUUGACGAUCCAAAGGGUUUCAAGCUCGAGUUCUUUUUUGAUACGAAUCCAUUCUUCAAGAAUACUGUGCUUACAAAAACAUACCAUAUGGUUGAUGAGGAUGAGCCGAUACUAGAGAAAGCAAUAGGGACACAGAUCGAAUGGUAUCCAGGCAAAUGCUUGACUCAAAAGAUUUUGAAGAAAAAGCCAAAGAAGGGGGUAAAAAAUGCUAAGCCAAUAACAAAGACUGAAAAGUGUGAAAGUUUUUUCAACUUCUUUAGCCCUCCAGAGGUUCCGGAAGAUGAAGAGGACAUUGAUGAGGAUGAGGCUGAGGAACUCCAGAAUUUAAUGGAGCAAGACUAUGACAUUGGCUCAACUAUUCGGGAUAAGAUUAUUCCUCAUGCUGUAUCAUGGUUCACUGGGGAGGCUGCUCAAGAUGAUGAACUUGAUAUGAUGGAGGAUAAUGACGGUGAUGAUAAUGAUCACGAAGAUGACGAUGAUGAUGAUGAGGAAGAGGAUGAAGAUGAGGACGAUGAUGAGGAUGAUGAUGAAGACGAAGCUCCUGUCAAGUUCUCAAAGAAGCCAUCUCGACCGAAGGUAUGUAAAAUUUCUAUAUAA